UGAGUACUACCUGUAUAACAGGCAGAAAUAAAUGUAGAUAUUUGCACUGCAUAUAAAUACCUACAAUUGCAGAAAGGGCUUGUCAACAGCCUAGUUAACCCCUUUUUAACCAUCAGAACCACUUGUAAAAAAAUAGAUUUUAAAUUGUUUGCACAUGGAGAUUUGAGAGAAAUAAAACACAAACCUAAACCACUUAAUUUAUCUAUAGAUUCAUGUGCCAAAGUCAGAGUUCGUUGCCAAUGCUGCUAAAACUAAACAAUAUUGGGGAAAGAUGUGAGAGGAAUAUGGACUGCGUUCCCACCAGCCACAAACUAUCCUGCUAACAAAUCAUCUUGUUAUAUGUUUCCAGUGCAUCUAUAAGUGCAGGGGGGGACGGCCUUCCAUGACUCUCUGGGUUCGGUUAGCGACGGUUGUUUGCUGCAACGUCGGUCGUUGAGGGCCAGCGCUUUUUCCCCCGCCCCCAGGGAACCUUCACUCUGGCCUCAUCCUCUCGACGGAGGAGCGAGCCCAGCGCGUCGUUCUUCGAGUCUUAUUUCUUCCCGCCAAAGGAGAAACGGGAGGCGGACUUGUGGCGGAGCCCCACAGCUCGCGAGGGAAGUCGGCGGAACGGACGCGGGGAAAAGAGUUAAACUUGCAGGGGUCCCCAAACUUGACAACUUUAAGACUUGUGGACUUCAACUCCCAGAAUCCUCCAGCCAGCUAAGCCACAAGUCUUAAAAGUUGCCAAGUUUGAAGACCCGCUGCACUAAAGCAAAAAACAGCCGCCCUCCCCCCCUCCGCCAGAGCAGGCAGCUUCCCCGCGAAGAGAGCGCGGCGUCACGUGCUCGUCUCUACCGCCCGUUCGGGGGCUUCUGAGCCGCCUGGCUGGUCCCCGCUCUCUGCCUCCCCGGUGUUAUAAAAGGAGGCGCCCGAUGGCGACCUCCCAGCCCAGCCGUUUCAAGCCCUUGGCAGCAUGAGCGGACCACCGAUCCUGGCGCUGCUCUGCCUCACCCUGGCCCUGCUGCUCAGCCCUCCCGCCGGGGCGUGGUACAAGCAGGCGGCCGGCCCCAGCUACUACUCGGUGGGCAGGGCGUCGGGGCUGCUCUCCGGCAUCCGCCGUUCACCUUACAUGCGCCGCUCCGACGACAACGGCGCUGCGGACAGUAGCGCCGAGGACGGCCCCGCCGCAUCCUCUCUCACCAUGUCCGAGUCGCGGCAGAAUUUCGGCGGGCUGCGCAACCUGGCAGUGUGUGUGAAGGAAGUGGCUCCAGAACUGCAAAGCUGCCAGCUACUGCCUGAUGUGCCCAGCGUCAUUCAGUGCAAGGCGGAUGUCACUGUCUCUUUGGACCCCACUGACUGUACUAUCCCAUGAGACUUGAGCAGGUGUCCUUCCCUAUAAGUUCUAUGGAGGCACCUGGAGGGGGGGACAGGCAGGCAAGCGAUGGGUUUACUCUCUGUGUCAAUGGCGGUUGGAGUUGCGGGUGGUGAGGGAAUAUGGUUUUAUUUGUAUUUUUUCUGCAUCUGUUAAUAAAUGUGAUUUAAAAGGC